GGGCUGGCAGUAGAUUAGGAGAUAGGGUGAGUGUAAAGUCUCAGGACCUUGACAGGAGGCGGAAAGUCUCACCUGUCAAACCUGAUGACGUCAUUCUGUGAGCUGCAGCACGGCCUCUGUCCGAGUUAAAAUCAGGAGGCUUCCUGGGAGGCAGCACUUCGUCUCUGCGCUUCCUCCAGCAGAGUGUUGCAGCCCGUCACAGCCCCACCAUGGAGCUCCGAGAGCAGCAAACUUCCUUCUUUUUAAUGUCCGUUUUGUUUCUGUGCGUGGCUGCAGACCUACACGCACCUGAAGUCCACACAAAGCUCGGCAGCCUGAGAGGUACGUUUGUGAGCGUCAAGGGGAAGGAGGCUGGAGUCCAUGCCUUCCUGGGUGUCCCAUUCGCCAAGCCACCUGUAGGCCCUGCUCUGAGACUGGCAGCACCACAGCCUGCAGAGGCCUGGAAAGGAGUGAGGGAUGCCACCCAGCAGCCACUCAUGUGUGUUCAGAACAAAGAGCAAGUUCAUAAUCUGCUUGAAAAAAUCGGUGUCUUGGAGAUGGAAAUCCCAGACAUAUCAGAAGACUGCCUUUACCUCAACAUUUACACUCCUGCAAACAGAGCUCCUGACGCCAAGCUCCCAGUCAUGGUCUGGAUCCAUGGUGGAGGGUUUGGUAUUGGCUCAGCUUCAAUGUUUGAUGGCUCCGCCCUGGCUGCAUACCAGGAUAUGGUUGUGGUUCUGAUCCAGUAUCGUUUGGGACUUCUGGGUUUUCUCAGCACUGGAGAUGAGCACAUGUCAGGGAACUCUGGUCUGCUGGACCAGGUCCAAGCUCUGAGGUGGGUCCAGGAGCACAUUCACAACUUUGGAGGAAACCCAGAUUUAGUUACUAUAUUUGGGGAGUCGGCUGGUGGAGUGAGCGUAUCCCUCCUGCUUCUCUCUCCACUGUCCAAUGGCCUGUUCCACCGCGCCAUUGCUGAGAGUGGCACUGCUGCACUGGAUAUGGUCAUGACAAAAGAUCCUCUACCUACGACACAGAUGGCAGCGAAUGUAACUGGCUGUAGCUCCGAAAGCACAGAGAAGCUCGCUGACUGCUUGAAAAACAUCGAUUUAGAUACUUUUGUGGAUCUUACGAAUAAUCAACAAUUAAGAUAUGCCAUAAAUGUUGAUGGACACUUCCUGACCAAACCUGUUGAUGAGCUGUUCCAGAAACAUGAACUUCUCACUGUGCCAUUCAUGACUGGUGUUAAUGAUGAUGAAGGGGGCUGGUCACUUGCUGGUUUCUUUGCUCCUCCAAACUGGACUGAGGGAAUGGAUCAGGAGAGUGUCCAGAAUGCAGUUUCCUUAUUCUACCCUGAUCCCAUCAUCAGAGGUUUGAUCGCCAAGGAAUAUAUUGCAAAUGGUGAAGAUCGUGUGAAAAAUAGAGAUGGGUUCACAGAGAUGCUGGGAGAUCUGAUGUUCACCAUUCCAGCGAUAAAAACAGCUAAUGCUCACAGAGAUGCAGGCGCCCCCGUGUACCUGUAUGAGUACCAGUAUCCUCCCAAACUCCUGCAGGACAGAAGGCCGAGCUUUGUUGGCAGUGACCAUGCAGAUGAAAUCAUGGUAGUAUUAGGAUAUUGCUUCACAACUUCCCAUGUCAAGUUAAGUGGUGAAUGCUCUGAAGAGGAGAUGCAGUUGAGCAGAACCAUGAUGAGCUACUGGGCUAACUUUGCUCGCACAGGGUCUCCUAAUGGGGAUGGUCUUGCCCACUGGCCAAAGUAUGGAGCAGAGGAACACUACCUGGAAAUUAAUUUAAAGGAGCAGGUAACUGGUCAGAGCUUGAAGAAGGACCGGUUUGUCUUCAUGACUCAGACGCUCCCGGAGAAGAUCCAACAACAUAAAUCACCUGAAGUCCAAACAAAGCUCGGCAGCCUGAGAGGCACGUUUGUGAGCGUCAAGGGGAAGGAGGCUGGAGUCCAUGCCUUCCUGGGUGUCCCAUUCGCCAAGCCACCUGUAGGCCCUGCUCUGAGACUGGCAGCACCACAGCCUGUGGAGGGCUGGAAAGGAGUGAGGGAUGCCACCCAGCAGCCACUCAUGUGUGUUCAGCAUAUUCAGCUCACUUAUGAUCUGCUUGAAAAAUUGGGUGCCACGCUGCCAGAAAUCCCAGACAUUUCAGAAGACUGCCUUUACCUCAAUGUCUACACUCCUGCAAACAGAGCUCCCAAUGCCAAGCUCCCAGUCAUGGUCUGGAUCCAUGGUGGAGGGUUUGCUAUGGGGUCAGCUUCAUCGUGUGAUGGUUCUGCAUUGGCAGCAUACCAGGAUGUGGUUGUGGUUCUGAUCCAGUACCGUUUGGGAGCUCUUGGCUUUCUCAGCACUGGAGAUGAGCACAUGUCAGGGAACUUUGGUCUGCUGGACCAGGUCCAAGCUCUGAGGUGGGUCCAGGAGCACAUUCACAACUUUGGAGGAAACCCAGAUUUAGUUACUAUAUUUGGGGAGUCGGCUGGUGGAGUGAGCGUAUCCCUCCUGCUUCUCUCUCCACUGUCCAACGGCCUGUUCCACCGCGCCAUUGCUGAGAGUGGCACUGCUGCAAUGGAUUUACUUAUUACACACGAUCCUCUACCUACGACACAGAUGGCAGCGAAUGUAACUGGCUGUAGCUUUGAGAGCACAGAGAAGCUCGCUGACUGCAUGAAAAACCUUGAUCUUGAUACUUUUGUAGAUACUACAAAGAAUGAACAAUUGAGAUAUCCCAUAAAUGUUGAUGGACACUUCCUGACCAAACCUGUUGACGAGCUGUUCCAGAAACAUGAACUUCUCACUGUGCCAUUCAUGACUGGUGUUAAUGAUGAUGAAGGGGGCUGGUUACUUGCUGGUAUCUUUGCUCCUCCAAACUGGACUGAGGGAAUGGAUCAGGAGAGUGUCCAGAACACGAUUUCCAUCUUAAAACCCGAUCCCAUCAUCAGUGGUUUGAUUGUAGAGGAAUACACUGGAAACGGUGAAGAUCGUGUGAAAAAUAGAGCUGGUUUCACAGAGAUGCUGGGAGAUCUGAUGUUCACCAUUCCAGCCAUAAAGGCAGCUAAUGCUCACAGAGAUGCAGGCGCUCCUGUGUACCUGUAUGAGUACCAGUAUUCUCACAAACUCCUACAGAAAACAAGGCCAAGCUUUGUUGGCAGUGACCAUGGAGAUGAAAUCAUGACAGUAUUAGGAUUUUGCUUCACAACUUCCCAUGUCAAGUUAAGUGAUGAAUGCUCUGAAGAGGAGAUGCAGUUGAGCAGAACCAUGAUGAGCUACUGGGCCAACUUUGCUCGCACAGGGUCUCCUAAUGGGAAUGGUCUUGCCCACUGGCCAAAGUAUGGAGCAGAAGAACACUACCUGGAAAUUCGUUUAAAUGAGCAGGUAACUGGUCAGAGCUUGAAGAAGGACCGGUUUGUCUUCCUGACUCAGACGCUCCCGGAGAAGGUUCAGCAACUGAAAACACCUGAAGUCCAAACAAAGCUCGGCAGCCUGAGAGGUAUGUUUGUGAGUGUCAAGGGGAAGUUGACUGGAGUCCAUGCCUUCCUGGGUGUCCCAUUCGCCAAGCCACCUGUAGGCCCUGCUCUGAGACUGGCAGCACCACAGCCUGUAGAGGCCUGGAAAGGAGUGAGGGAUGCCACCCAGCAGCCACUCAUGUGUGUUCAGCAUAUUCAGCUCACUUAUGAUCUGCUUGAAAAAUUUGGUGCCACGCUGCCAGAAAUCCCAGACAUUUCAGAAGACUGCCUUUACCUCAAUGUCUACACUCCUGCAAACAGAGCUCCCAAUGCCAAGCUCCCAGUCAUGGUCUGGAUCCAUGGUGGAGGGUUUGCUAUGGGGUCAGCUUCAUCGUAUGAUGGUUCUGCAUUGGCAGCAUACCAGGAUGUGGUUGUGGUUCUGAUCCAGUACCGUUUGGGAGCUCUUGGCUUUCUCAGCACUGGAGAUGAGCACAUGUCAGGGAACUUUGGUCUCCUGGACCAGGUCCAAGCUCUGAGGUGGGUCCAGGAGCACAUUCACAACUUUGGAGGAAACCCAGAUUUAGUUACUAUAUUUGGGGAGUCGGCUGGUGGAGUGAGUGUAUCCCUCCUGCUUCUCUCUCCACUGUCCAACGGCCUGUUCCACCAUGCCAUUGCUGAGAGUGGCACUGCUGCAAUGGAUAUACUCAUGGCAAAUGAUCCCCUACCUACAACACAGGUGGUGGCAAAUAUAACUGGCUGUAGCUUUGAAAGCACAGAGAAAGUCGCUGACUGCUUGAAAAACAUCGAUUUAGAUACUUUUGUGGAUAUUACGAAAAAUGAACAAUUAAGAUAUGCCAUAAAUGUUGAUGGACACUUCCUGACCAAACCUGUUGAUGAGCUGUUCCAGAAACUUGAACUUCUCACUGUGCCAUUCAUGACUGGUGUUAAUGAUGAUGAAGGGGGCUGGUUACUUCCUGGUUUCUUUGCGCCUCCAAACUGGACUGAGGGAAUGGAUCUGGAGCAGGUCCAGAACAUCAUUUCAAUCUUCAACCCUGAUCCCAUCAUCAGAGGUUUGAUCAUAGAGGAAUACAUUGGAAAUGGUGAAGAUCGUGUGAAAAAUAGAGAUGGGUUCACAGAGAUGCUGGGAGAUCUGAUAUUUACCAUUCCAGCCAUAAAGACAGCAAAUACCCACAGAGAUGCGGGCGCCCCCGUGUACCUGUAUGAGUACCAGUAUCCUCCCAAACUCCUGCAGGACAUAAGGCCGAGCUUUGUUGGCUGUGACCAUGGAGAUGAAAUCAUGACAGUAUUAGGAUUUUGCUUCACAACUUCCCAUGUCAAGUUAAGUGGUGAAUGCUCUGAAGAGGAGAUGCAGUUGAGCAGAACCAUGAUGAGCUACUGGGCUAACUUUGCUCGCACAGGGUCUCCUAAUGGGGAUGGUCUUGCACACUGGCCAAAGUAUGGAGCAGAAGAACACUACCUGGAAAUUCGUUUAAAGGAGCAGGUAACUGGUCAGAGCUUGAAGAAGGACCGGUUUGUCUUCCUGACUCAGACGCUCCCAGAGAAGAUCCAACAACAGAAAGAGAAGAAGCACAGCGAGCUUUAGAGCAGUCACCCUUUCUGUAUCCAGUACAUCAAUUCUAGUUUUUUUUAUUAUUGAAUUUUUACCCUUUAAUACGCCUCAUAAAAUUAAUAUUUAAACAAACUGAUGUAUUUUUUGUGGCCUUUGGAGAACAAAUUUUAUGAAAUUCAAAAGAAGGUCCUUUCAAAGUGUAUCUUCCUCAAUCAAUCAAUCAAAGUGUGUUUUUUUGUAUGAGCAUUUUCCCAGUUCACCAAUUACCUGAAAGUUGUCCAAGGCAGAUCACAGCAAAUGUUUCUGUAAAAUCUAAAAAGCCCCAAAGGAAAUAUGUAGGGCCUCUUCACCACGAGGAACUCAGUUUUAAUGAUCUAAAAUAAAAAAAAUCUUUUGAA